AUGCAUGCUCCUGUGCUCGACUCAGCUUUCCACACUGCCAAGACCUCUUCAGUCAACAGAUUCAGCGGUACUGCUGUUACUGGGAUAUCCCCUGUGCGCACUAAAGCACAGGAGUUUGUAUUCAAUCGAAUGGUGGCGGAAGCGGGUCCAGCGGAGGCGGAAGAGGGUGGGAUGUUGGCGCAAACCGCAAGCGGGAUGGAGGCUGUUCGAUCGAGUGGCGGGAAAAGUGGCGAGAUUCCGGGACGUAUUUCCGAUCUGGACACCGUUUCAGACUUGGGCGGGGGGGAUUUGUCAGUGGCGGGGAAAUCACAUGAAGCAGACGCGCUGUUGAGAAUUCUCACAAGGGCUUCGCUUGGGGAGGAUGCGGUGGAGAGCGGUGUGGAGGAACAAGAUUCUUCGCUUCGGAAGAACGCUCUUUGCAGUGAGGCGAUCGAGCCGCCGUUCCGCGCGGAGGGUACCUCGUCGGGAGCGACAGCAGUGCUACCAUCGGACGGAAUUCGCGAUAGCAACGAGCAGCAGAAGCAGCAGCAGCAGCAGCAGCACGAGCCGGUGCGCGACGAUCGUGAGAAGCAACCGCCGCUGAUCCCGGGCCUAUCGGACGACGUCGCGCGGCUCUGCCUCGCGCGCCUUCCCCGCCGCAGCCACCGCUGCGCGCGCGCCGUGUGCCGCUCCUGGGCGUCGCUGCUCCGCUCGCAGGAGUUCUUCACCCUCCGCCGCACGAUAGGGCGACACGAGCAAUGGCUCAUCGUGCUCGCGGGGGGUAGAGGCAACCGUCCGUUCCGCUUAGAAGCCUUCGAUCCCUCGCUGCUGCCGCCGCCGUCCGUUCCUUCGCUCGUUAGCCUCCACCCGAUAAGGUCACACUUUUUGUGGGGGUGCCAGCUGGCGACGGUGGGUCGCGGGCGGUACGUGCUCGUGAUUGGCGGCGCGGUUGGGACGGACGCGUAUCACACGCAAAACGCGGUGUGGCGGUAUGACGGGGUGACGGGGCGAUGGUCCUCCGCGGCUCCUAUGCUGGACGCGCGGAGUAACUUCGCGUGCGGAACGUUCGGGAGGUUCGUUGUCGUCGCGGGAGGAUGGGACGCGCAGCGGGAGCCGUUGAGAUCCGCUGAGGUGUACGACUCUGAGAAGGACACGUGGCACAGGUUGAUUGGGGCUGGGGAGACGGUGAGAGGAGAGUUGAAAGGCGACGGGGAGAAGGGAGGGAGAUUGGGGCAACACGACGGGGAGCAAGAGGGGGGACGUGAGGAGGGAAGUGCGUGUGGUGUUGCGAGUGUGAGGAGAGUGUUGGGGAGCUUUGGCAGCACAACCACGGAUAGUCGCACAGGCAGUUGCGAAGAGCAGACGAAGCAGGAGCAGCCGGAGGAGCAAGAGGGGCGUGAGGGCACUGAGGGCAAAAAGGAGAGGAAAGGAGAGGAACAGCAGCAGGAACAGCAGCAGCAGGAGCAGGAGCAGCAGCAGCAGCAGGAGAGGCACGCCCUUGGUUCCGACGGGUCUCUCUCCUGGUCAAUCAUGGAGGCAGCAUGGCUGCUCGUGUCCCUACCAGGCUCCCUCGCAGUCGUAGAAAAUCGCCUCUUUGCCGUAGCAGACAUAGGCUCAUCACUCCGGGAAUUUGACCCGGAAACAACUACGUGGUGGGAUGUGCUCCAGGUGCCGUAUCCCCAGAAGGGGUUUCGGCUGCUAGCGCUGAACCAGGGGCUGCUGCUGUUGGGGGUGUAUGGUGGGCACUGGCUGAUUCCGCAGAAGCUGCCGCUGGGUCAGGGGUUGAGUGCGGCUGCGCGGGCGGAUGGGGCGGUGCGGAGCGGUGUGGAGGCGCGGCGGCAGCGGCAGGCGGUGCACUGGGAUGGGCUGUCGCUGCUGCACACUGAUGCUCUUGCCUGGGCUACUCUCACUCUCUGA